UAUACAUAUACAUAUACUAUAACUUCAACUCACAAAUACUUCAAAAUGGGUCAAGAAUAUGAGAUACGCUCGGCCAAUAUGAAAGAUAUUGGGCUAAUUGAGAGUCUCUUUUUAUCGGAGUCGGCCAUAUAUUUUGGCGAAAAGCAAGAACCACCUCUGACCCAGCUUUUCCAUGAGUAUCAAACCCAUCGCCUUGUCGCUUACCAGCCAGAUAACCCCAACGAACUACAGGCCUAUUGUGAGUUUUGCAUAUAUCCCAAUAUACCUGUACUUUCGAACGAUUACUGGAUACAGUGGUUGCAAACUCGCUUUUGCAUUGACUUGCCCAUAUCACUGAUGAAUACAAUAUUCUUCAACUUUUACAUUCAAAUUAAGAACCAUGAUGAAAUAUUAAAUUUGGUUAUCAUGGAGUUGUUUUAUCGCGAGCACAAAGUAACCUUCUUAAUUGUGGUCAGACCACCCAACUAUUCGUCCGAGGAAUAUGAGAUGCUGCAGGAGCAUGGUAAGAUCUAUUAUCCCAUUGCCUUUAAUAUGUUUAGCUGCAGGAAUUUGCCAACAAUUAACAUCAUUAAGCGCAGCGAAUUUAUGCCUGAAAUAACCUUUCGCAAGGCCUUACCUGAGGAUAACGAUGAUGUUAUUGAGAUGAUUGAUUUUGAAGAGCCGGAAAUGCGUCAGGUGCACGGCGAUUAUUUCAUUGCCGAGGUACUCAUGGGCGCAGUAGUCGGUAAUCUGGAUAAGGAUAAAAUUAUUGUCACAGAGGACCCCGAAGCUGCAAAUGGGGGCACCACAGGGAUGAUGUGGCUUACAGAGGAGGUGAAUAUCGAGAUGCUGAUUAAAAACUUUGACCUGGAGAGUUUGGGCAACCUAGUGACGUGUACUCCAGAUGCUCCACAUGGCGUCAUCCAAUUUAAUGUCUUCACUGCAGAACAGCGGCAUUACUUUAAUCUCAACACAGAAGUAAAUAUUUUCAAGCGCAGCUCUGCCAGGUUGGACAAGACCAAAAUUCACAAUGCCCAUCAUCAAAAUUAUAUUUUCACAAAAUUCAAAUACAUAACCGAUGAGCUAAAAAAUCGAAACAAUUAUCUGCACAAAGUAACGAAAACUCUGAGCAUCACUUUCGAUCUGCUGGCGAGAAAGAGUUUAAUCAGAAAUCAAAAAUAUUGCCUGAACAAUUCCUCGAACGCGUUUAUGAUGAAAAAUUUCAUACUGCACCCGAGCCUCAGGUUGGAACAUACCUAUUAUUAUCUCUGUGCCAUGUUUAGCGCCUAUCCGGAUAAGGACUACUGUGUGAUAGCAAUACCAGCUAACACUAAGUACUCUGCUAGCUUAUGGGCGCUACUUAAGUUUUUUAUUCGCGUAAAACAUCGCCCCAGCUGCGAAAUAUCCGAUGAGAUCUUUAUCGCACAUCGCUGUUCCGUUAGCACAGAGCUCUGUGUUUUUCCACUGAUGAAGGAUGAUAUUGAUGAUGUCGCCAAAAUGGCGGGCGAGUCCAAUUGUUACAGAUCUUCUGCCGAAACAAUUGGCAGUCAGUGUCCUAUUUUAAUGCAAAUCAUUUCUGAUUAUCUGUAUAAUCAGAAGUCCGAAUUCAAGUGUUGGGUUAUACGUUGCGGCACCGUGGGGAGGGAGAACACAAUAAUCGUGGGAUUUGUCACGCUACGCCCUUUCUCGAACUAUGAAGCGGUAUACAAACAGUAUAUGCUGCCCCACAAUGCGGACUACUUGACUUAUGAUCGUGGCGAGAUUAUAAUGCUGAGACUGCAUCCGUACUUUCACAUGUGGUCGGAUGAGAUCUUGCGCACCGUGGCCAUAAGAUCAAGUUUUCGCGAGCUCUUCUACUUCGAAGUGAUUGGGGACGUUGAGAUGUCCAAUGAUUUGUCCAGGAAAAUGAUGCCAAUAGAGCCACGACGCAAGAUCAGAAACUGGUUCACCGACACAGAGAGCCCACUUUGCUACAGACGAUCAUCGAUGCCUGUGAAAAUUCCAUUGAUUAACUGCGUCAAGGAUAACUAUUAUUUAUUCCGUCACAAUCUGUUUCCAACCAAAUAUUUUGGCAAUCAAAAUCCUUUGGUUGUUGUGGGCUUCUCGGACAUAUGCAAGGCUUUUUUACGUCUCAUUGUAUUUGGCUGGAAUACGACUGACUACAAAAAUGUGAGUGUCAACAACUGCCUGCCCUUGGUGGAUAUUACAGUGAUUGUCAACUAUGGUGAGAUUGAGGCUGAAUAUGAUCCCAAUGUCACCUGCCUCUAUUGCACUAGCAACAACGAAUGCUAUUUGAACAGUGCCCACAGUUGUCCCUUUGUAAUGGACACCACAAAACGCCUGGACAUGCGCAAUUGGAUCAACUUUGUGGCUGGUAAUGUGGAAUCUAUCGAUCGUGGUGAAAAGUGUAUCGUUUUGGACAACAACUGCAAGAUCCACUAUGAUAAGCUGCUGCUGUUGUGCGACACCAAAUUUGGACUUUCAACGCUGGACAGUGACCCAAUUAGCGACUCCCAGACGCCAUACAACUAUGCACAUAUCAAUGGGCGGCUGGACAAGAUAAUAUUAUAUCACAAGCUCAUAGAGCUUAGCCAAGGCGAAUUAAGCAGGAAACAUAUUGUCAUCUAUGGUUACGCUUUGGCUCUGUACGAGUGCAUUGAUUUCCUGCUCAGGCACAAUUGCUAUGCCCAUGAUAUUGUUUAUGUACAGCCGCAUAUUGUGCAGGAACCGGAGUACUUGAAUAAUCCCACAAUUGAUAAGAAUCUCGAUACCAUACUCCUUCAAAUGCUCUCCGAUCUGGGCAUCCGAGUAUACGAAUCCAGCAAUUAUGUUAAGUAUUCUCUACAUGAACAUAUCAAUUUCAUAGAUACUGUUCAUUUCAAGCACUGUCCCGAUGGCACACAAUUUUCCUUAAAAUGUAAUCUUUUUAUCAAUUUUAAUGAUAAUUAUCUUACCGCACCUAUUGAAAGGGUGCUUGUCUAUAGCGACAUUCAUAUGCAGAAUAGACAGAUUCUUGUCGAUGAGCAGUACUGUACAAAUGAUCCGCAUAUUUAUGCGGCUGGCAAGCAUGUCACCUUUAUAUGGGAAGUAUUAUAUCAGUAUACCAAUGUCAGUGAAUAUGAACUGGCUCACAAGUUGAUUGACAUACUGGAACUGGGUCAGAAGCCGAUUACCACUGAGCGGAAAUUUAGUAAGCCAUGCUUAUUUCACGCUCAACUGCCGCUGGAGCAUAUGAUAAUUAAAAUAACAAUGCCCAAGCGCUAUUUGAUGGGCAAGCUAUCCAAUGAGUACAGUUAUAUUAUGACCACAUACAGCGGUGACUUCUGUCGCAUACGCAUGAAUCUUAAGUGGAUAGUCGAGGAAAUAGUUUGUGUUAGCCGUCAGCUCAAUAAGCCGCCAUAUUUUUUGGAACACUUUUGCGGUAAGCACGAGGCAUUGUUGAAUAAUAUGCGCGGCCGUUGGAAGAUGGGUUUGAUCCCGGAUUUUGUAAGCUUCUUUGAGCAGCCCUGGACAGAAUAUAUAAUGCAUGAUCGCUUCAAUGACAUGCAGGUCAAGAAUCAUGCCACAAUCAUUUCACUGAUGAACAUGCACUGUGGCGUCCAAGGAAUGAAUAUUGGAGAUUCCGAUUUCGCAGAUGCAAGAAAACACUUUCUGGAAGCAAAUCUACUCAAGUUUCUACGCAAAUUUCGUAAAGAGUUUGUUAACGAGUUUCCAUUGCCCGAGGAUUGGGAGUCGGAACAGUAUACUUAACCAAACGAUUUUGAAUAUAUAUAUUUCAUAUAUUAUAUAUUUUUUAAAUA